GGACAAAAAGCGAGGUGAAUCCGGAACUAAAAAACCAAGCAUCUUUUUGAAGCAAGAACCCAACUUCAACCUUUUACCCUUCAAAUCAUUCUCCAAUCUCAAUAAAACUCACACACACACACUCCUUUCCCCCCUCAAUUCGAAUCCCAUUUCAUCCAAACCCUAAUUUCAAUCACUCCUACUUGUAAUGCACAUCCGUCAGAUCUACACCAUUCACAUUCACUAAACUAAUUGGAGCAGAAAAGAAACAAACAAUGUCUGCUAAUCGAACAACCAGUAACAGUUACAGUGGUAGCCUUGUUGAUCCGAGCAAUCUGCAUCUCAAAAAGGAGUUAACUCAGAUACGGAAAGCUGCUCGAGUGUUACGAGAUCCUGGAACAACCUCCACGUGGCGGUCGCCGCUUACGUCAUCCAGAUCCACCGCCGCCGCCGCUGCCGCUGCCGGUGAUGGUUCGUCUUCUGUUACUACCGUUCACAGAAACUAUUAUACUCAUUGUUAUAUGAAUAGUGUUGAUUGCAGUAUAGAAGAAGUUGCUGAGAAUAACAUUAAUAAUAGUCAUAGUAAUAAUGAUAAUGAUAAUAGUAAUGGUGAUAAUGUUAGUAGGAGGAAGGAUAAGAAGGUGUUUUUGUAUAACUGGAGAAUGCAGAGAUCCGGGAGCGAACGGAGUGCACAACUAAGUAAUGCGGAUGAUGGAGAGGAGAGUGUGGAUGAUAGUUUGAGUGAUGCGCGAAACGAUGGAGAUUUGGUGGCUGAUGAUAGGAGGUGUGUGAUGUCUUCGUCUUCGAGGAUGUUUAAUAGUUGUAAAGAUGGGAAAAGUGGAGUAGAUGACCGAAUGCCGACGAUUAGGAGGGGUUCGGUGACGAAGAAGAAGGUAAAGAAUGUGAGGCAGUCGUCUGCUGCGGUGAAAGUUGAAUUGCAGAGACGGCUUAGUAGUUUGGUAGAUCAGUAUGCUGAUGUUGGUUCUGAUGAUGUGGUUGUGAAGGGGAGUUCAGUGACGUCGCCGUUGUUGUCUAGGUUUAAGUCGGGUGGUAGGAAAGAUGAUUCGUCGUAUUGUUAUAGCACGCCGGCUUUGUCUACUAGUUCGAUUAAUAAUAAAUAUUGGGUUGGGUCGUGGGAUGGGACUACGGGAUCUUUGAAUUAUGGGAUGGAUGACGAUGAUGAUGAAGAUGAUCAGUUGGGGUUGCCGGGUCGUCAGGGGUGUGGGAUUCCUUGUUACUGGUCAUCGUCUAAGAAAAGUACACCGAAGCGUGGAGUUUGUGGUAGUUGUUAUUCUCCAUCGUUUUCGGAUACGCUAAGAAGAAAAGGAAGCAGCUUGUUAUGCGGGAGCCAAACGAAUUAUCAUAGACGACACAGUUCAUCUAUGAGUGGUUACAACAAGAAGAGGCUCAGUCAUAAAAUUUCUCAUGUUCCAUUGCUUACAAAUGGGGCUGAAAGCAGAGAUCGUUCGUCUAUUGGGACUGACGACGAGCUUUCGACUAAUCACGGUGAACUUGAUUUGGAAGCUUCGAGUCGAUUAGAUGGAAAGAGAUGGUCAACAAGCUACAGAAGUCAAGAAGGGCUGGAGCUCGUAGCUGUAAAUGGGGAAAUAGAAGGGGAUUCUCCCUCAUCUCUUGUUGAUAAUAUUAACUGCUUUAGCUACAAGUAUAAGCCAAUGUUCUUUGAAGAUAUAGUUGACCAAAAUGUUGUGGUUUUGUCCCUUGUGAAUUCUAUAAUUAGGGGAAGAAUCGCUCCAAUUUAUCUAUUUCAAGGCCCCCGCGGUACUGGGAAAACAUCGACAGCUCGGGUCUUUGCCGCCGCCUUGAACUGCCUCGCCACCGGAGACGUGAAACCUUGCGGGGUUUGCACGGAAUGUGCCGGGUAUAUAUCAGGCAAGAGUCGAGUCAUAACGGAAAUGGACGGCUCCAACAAGAACGGGAUCGAUAAAGUUAGAUUUUUGUUAAAGAAACUGCAGAUGGGUUCUACGUCAACCUUUAUCAGGCACGACGUUUAUGUUAUCGAUGAAUGCCACUUAUUACCAUCUAAGUUGUGGUUGGCAUUCCAAAAGUUUCUUGAAGAACCACCUUCAGGCAUUGUGUUCAUCUUUAUAACUACCGAUCUUGAUAAUGUACCACGUUCUGUUUUGUCGCGGUGCCAGAAGUAUCUUUUUAACAAAAUUAAAGAUGGUGACAUCGUUAAUAAGUUGAGGAAAAUUUCGGAAGAGGAGAAUUUGGAUGUUGAGUCAGAUGCUUUGGAUUUGAUUGCUCUGAAUGUAGAGGGUUCGCUUCGAGAUGCGGAAACUAUGUUGGAUCAGUUAAGUUUAUUAGGAAAAAGAAUCACUACUGAUCUGGUGAAUGAACUCGUGGGAGUUGUCUCUGAUGAGAAGUUAUUGAAACUACUGGAGUUAGCAAUGUCAUCAAACACAGCGGAAACGGUGAAAAGAGCCAGAGAAUUAAUGGAUUUGGGCGUUGAUCCUAUGGUUUUGAUGUCGCAAAUGGCUACGCUUAUUAUGGAUAUCAUUGCCGGAACAUACCAAGUGGUUGAGGCUGGAUAUGGUGACUCGUUCUUUGAUGGUAGAAGCUUGACAGAAGCUGAAGUGGAGAGAUUAAAGCAGGCUUUGAAGCUUCUUUCUGAAUCAGAGAAACAAUUAAGAGUUUCUAGUGAACGGUCAACAUGGUUCACAGCAACCCUUUUACAGCUCGGUGGUGUCCCGUCAUCAGACCCUACUCCUUUAGGAAGCGGUAGAAGACAAAGCUCCCGGACAACCGAUGAUGACCUGUCAGCUACUUUUAAAGAUAUUUAUUUCCAAAAACACAAAGCGGAUUCUCAGCACUAUGCACCUCAAACGUCCACUCCUUUGAAACUUAAUGACACAAAUUCAAGUAAUAGUCCAGAAGAUGCUCUCCUGUCAAUGAGGGAACUCAUCAAUGUGGAUGACCCGUCUGUCUCACAUCAUGAUGAUGUCAUAAAUGCAAACAUAUUGGAUGAUAUUUGGGUCCGUUGCAUUGAUAAGUGCCAUUCUAAAACCCUCAGGCAGCUGUUACAUGCUCAUGGGAAUCUUGUGUCUAUUUCUGAAGAUAAAGGUGUCCUUGUUGCUUAUAUUGUGUUCAGGGAUAAAGAUAUCAAAAGCAGAGCCGAAAGGUUUGUUAGCAGUAUCACAAACUCAUUUGAGAUUGUUCUCCGGCGCAAUACGGAGGUUAGAAUUAUACUACUUACGGAUGACGGGACUACUGAACCAAAUAACGGGGAACCAACAAAUGGAUUGAGUCAGGGGAAGAUCGAGCCAACUUCAAUGGAAAAGUGUUCCAAUGAAGAUGCAUUAAAAGGUAGAAAGGGCGGGAAUCCAGUUCAAAGAAUAGAAUCAAUCAUACAUGAGCAACGGUUAGAAACGGCAUGGUUACAAACUGCGGAAAAAGGCACGCCUGGAUCAUUGCAACGGUUGAAGCCCGAAAGGAAUCAAGUGUUGCCACAAGAUGGCGGCAGUAGUGGUCAAAUGGAGGCAUCACAACCGCAAUGGGAAGAUGAAUUGAUGCGUGAACUCAAUCUUUUGAAACUCAAUGACGGGAAGUCCUUUUCAAAGGAACAUACUACCAUGUCACCAAGCUUGCUUCACGAUGCCAAUUUAGUUACCAGCGGAUACGAGUCUGGAUCAGCAGCUGGUGGUUGUCUCUGUUGGAACAAACCCAGGCAUAACCGCAGAGGGAAGAUGAAACCUGGAACCCCGGUUAGGCCCCGCAGAGGUGCAAAAUUUUUAUUGUUCGGGGAGUGCGGAAAAUCGGCAAGGACAGAAUACAGAUCUAGAAGGUGAUAUAUAAAAAGCAAAAAUUCAAGUUCAUUCAUAUUCAAACUAUUUUGUUCUUGUAGUUGUUAUGGGAGAUGUAAAGUUUUUCAACAAUUGGGAUUUCUGCAUAUUUUUUUUUUUUCAUGGGAGCAAUAAAGGUGAAGAGGGAUCAUUCUUUCUUCCCUUCCAAUUUGCACAAUUGCUGGCAUUUCUAUUGGUGAUAUUCUUUAUGUCUUACUCUUUUUUA